CCUCGGGGCCGCGAUCCAGCGGGUCCGAGGGCUGUGUCAGACCGCAGCGGCCAUGGCGUCCUAUUUCGACGAGCACGACUGCGAGCCGUUGGACCGCGAGCAGGAUGCCCGAACCAACAUGCUGCUGGAGCUCGCAAGGUCUCUCUUCAAUAGGAUGGAUCUUGAAGACUUGGGACUGGUCGUAGACUGGGAUCACCACUUGCCUCCACCAGCUGCCAAGGCUGCGGUGGAGAGCCUCCCCAGGACAGUCAUCAGUGGCUCUCAGGCUGAGCUCAAGUGCCCCGUGUGUCUUUUGGAAUUUGAGGAGCAGGAGACUGUCAUUGAGAUGCCUUGCCAUCACCUCUUCCAUUCCAACUGCAUUCUGCCCUGGCUGAGCAAGACAAAUUCCUGCCCCCUGUGCCGCCACGAGCUGCCCACUGAUGAUGAUACWUACGAGGAGCACAGACGAGAUAAGGCUCGAAAGCAGCAGCAGCAGCACCGCCUGGAGAACCUCCAUGGGGCCAUGUACACGUGAGGCAGCUGGGCUGAGUGCCCACCCUCCACAGCGUCUCCCUCCACACCUGAACCCUCAUUAAACAUGUCUUUGCCCACCUGCAA